AUGCGAACCACCUUCGAGAAUAUGCAAAACGCUGGACACAAGUUUCCUACUUGCACAGGACUCUUCGUCAGGGAAAAGAAAGACCGUUCUCUUAUCAUUACAGAGCAAGACCUGCAAGGAGAAGCGCCGCCACCGCCGCCGCCGGCCGCCCCCCAGCCCCAGCCCCAGCCGCCGCCACUGGCCCAACAGCAACAGUUCCCCCAGUUCCACACCAAGUCCGCCCUCCCGAUCAAGAGGAAUGCCAUCACGGAUGAUUACAGGGUGACCUCGCAAGUCCUGGGGCUGGGGAUUAAUGGGAAAGUUUUGGAAAUCUUUAACAAGAAGACGGGAGACAAGUUCGCCUUGAAGAUGCUGCAAGAUUGUCCAAAAGCUCGCAGAGAGGUGGAGCUCCACUGGAGGGCGUCUCAGUGUGCUCAUAUUGUGAAGAUUAUAGAUGUCUAUGAAAAUCUUUACCAGGGUCGAAAAUGUCUCCUGAUAGUCAUGGAAUGCUUGGACGGUGGUGAACUUUUCAGUCGAAUUCAAGACAGGGGAGACCAGGCUUUCACAGAAAGAGAGGCAUCUGAGAUAAUGAAGAGCAUUGGAGAAGCCAUUCAGUAUUUACAUUCAAUCAACAUUGCACACCGGGAUGUUAAGCCAGAAAACCUCUUAUACACCUCAAAAAGACCCAACGCUGUAUUAAAACUCACAGACUUUGGCUUUGCUAAAGAAACCACCACGCAUAACUCCCUAGCUACGCCAUGCUACACACCAUACUAUGUGGCUCCAGAAGUUCUAGGUCCGGAGAAAUAUGACAAGUCAUGUGAUAUGUGGUCCCUUGGCGUCAUCAUGUAUAUUUUACUGUGUGGGUACCCCCCUUUCUAUUCCAACCAUGGUCUAGCAAUUUCUCCAGGCAUGAAGAAACGGAUCCGAAUGGGUCAAUAUGAAUUUCCAAACCCAGAGUGGUCGGAAGUCUCGGAGGAAGUCAAACAGCUGAUCCGAAAUUUGCUGAAAACAGAUCCAACUCAGCGGAUGACCAUAACAGAGUUCAUGAAUCACCCCUGGAUCAUGCAAUCAAUGCAGGUGCCACAGACACCACUUCACACUAGUAGGGUUUUGAAAGAAGAGAAAGAUCUUUGGGAGGAUGUCAAGGAGGAAAUGACAAGUGCCUUGGCCACCAUGAGAGUGGAUUACGAGCAAAUCAAGAUUAAGAAAAUAGAAGACUCAUCCAACCCGCUGCUCAUGAAAAGGCGAAAGAAAGCAAACCCCACUGAACCUACAGCCCUCCCUCACUGAGUGCUCAAGAGUCCAGCCUGGUGGUUGUGAAAGCAAUAACUAUAUCUAUAUAUUUUUAAAACAAAUCAGAUAAGACUGUCAUAUCAGACACAUGGAAUCCAGAUCUUUAUACCAGACUAGUUAUUUUUUUAGCUGUCCCUCAUGGUUCUGACCUAUUUCGAGUCAGGCGGGAGACAGUUGCCCUCUGUACAAUGCAUACUUCUAUUUCAUUUUAUUUUUAUUUUUGUCAUGUUCAGAAAUCUUCUGAUAAUUGGAUUUUUAUUGGUAAACUCUCCCCUUCUUUUUUUCCUCCAGGGACACUGAAAAUCCUGUGAUCAGCAUUUAAGGAUUAAUAAUAUAUAUAUCUAUAUUUUUAAAACUACUGUAGUACUGAGAUGCAGACAGAGUCCUGUGCUAAGUAAUGUUUUUUUUUUAAAGAGUUAAGGGCUUUCAGUUUGUUUUGAAGAAGUGCCAGGGCUGUCAAAGAAAUGUCCUCUGAAACAGGAACUGUUCCUUUGCUCUUGGACCUUAAGCUCAAUUUACAGGUCAUGGAAGUUAUAGAUCAAAGGUCCUAAGUACAAGACGCCUCAUGAAACUGGAAGCCUUCUCACUCUCUAACUGGGUACGCACAGGAUUAUUUCUCUUUAUUUGUGAGUUUGUGGAUUGUAUGUAAUAAUGUGGUAGGAUGUGUAUCGAAUGUCUGCAAGUAUAGGCAGAAAGACUCUCCAAUUUUGUAUAUCCCCUUAACUUUAUAAGGGGUAAUAUUGGGAUCUUAAAUGCACCCACAAUUCAGUUAUGAUCUCAGGGUAUUUGGGUGGGUGCGGCAGAAAGGAGCUUGUUGAGUGAUAGAUGACUGAUCUUUUUCAUUAGCUGACAAAGCCUCCCUAGAGCAUUACACCAGAGUAAUGGUGCCCAGUUUUCCAUCACCAUCUCAUUCAAUAUUGAAGCCUAAGUCCUGGGUGCAGGAUACUCAUAACCAUUAGUUGCAGGCUCAUGUCCUCUGUACCCGUGAGCAUAUUUUGUGGCUGUUGCCUCAUUGUUUUUAUGGUUGCAUACAGCAGUUCUUAUCUUUGCCAGGAAACCACAACUCUUUGACUGCAUAGCAAAGGCUCCAGUCUGAUAUUUGUAUCCCACUGGAAUAUACAUUGCAGCUUGUGUUGGGCAGAAUCUGCCCCCUGACCAGUCUUAUGGGGAAAUGGAGUGGGAAACGGGAGAACAAAUGAAAAAUGUUUUCUUCAGCUGGGUAGAUUCCUUGGCGUCUUGAGAUAUUGCUUGACCACUCGGCAUAAAUUUUACUAGUGUAGAAAGAUGAUGAUGGACGUUCUGCCUAAGAAACUAAAGGAGACAUGAUGUGAUCAGUGUACGCGUUUAAGGUCUCCAGUGAGAUUCUAGUGUUUUGCGCAGGGUACAUCCAGGUCAAGCCCUCUUAAGUCUUGCUCUAACUUUACCUUAGAGAGAAAAAAAUAAAGUGGAUAAGGUGCCCUAUUUACAUCAACGUUUGCCUCAUGCUGGUGGUUGAUCCAUUUGUCUGACUUUUCCCUGUAUAUCCUAUGUUUAUGAAUGAAUAUUUUUAUGCCACAUUUUGUUUCACUGGCAUUUUAAUGUUUUAAAAAACACACUUUCUUUUCUUUUUUAAAAGAAAAGUUUAGCUUUUAGGUGACAUUUUAGACACUGUAUGGAAUUUUAAUUUGUAAAAAAAAACAGUUUCUGUUUUUUGAUUGAUGUCACUGCUGAAACAAAUUCUUU